AUGGAUAGCAAGCAAGACCCAGAGAAGAUUGGCCCCGUCCGCAGCCCUGGCAGUGAGCCACCUGAGAUUCUCAAAGAGGACGGCUCUGAGCAAGAGGUCUUCCAGAUCACCGAGGAUGGCGUCGAUUUCCGAACCGUCACCUGGCCACGCGCCGCCAUCCUCUUCCUCAAGAUCCUCUUCGCCACCGGUGUUCUGAGUAUCCCCGCGGCCAUGUACUCGAUCGGCGCCGUCGGAGGCGCGCUGGUCCUGCUCGGCUUCGGGAUGCUCAAUUGUUACGUCGGCAAGAUCCAAGGCGAUUUCCGCAAUAAACACCCUAGCUGCCACUCUGUCGCUGAUAUGAUCGGCGUGGUCGGCGGCCCACUCGUGCGAGAGCUCUUCGGCGCCCUGUACAUCAUUGCUUGGGUCUUGUGUGCCGGUGCCGGUAUCAACGGCAGCAGCGUGGCCUUCAACGCCCUCUCCGACCAUGGUGCCUGUACCGUCUGGUUCUCCUUCGUGUCGAUGAUCAUUGUGGCUCUUUCUGCCUCCGUUCGCACGUUUCAAAACCUCGGUUGGGUCGGUUGGGCUGGCUUCAUAUCAAUCUAUGCCGCCGUAUUCAUCCUGGUGGUCGCGGUGACACAGGUCGAUCGACCGGCCGCCGCUCCCGCGACAGGAGACUAUGAGCUGGGAUACCACGCCAUCGGCAGCACUACGUUCUACGGUGGCAUGGUCGCCACGACGACCAUCUUCGUCUCUUCCGCCGGCACCUCGGCCUUCAUCCCCGUCAUCGCCGAGAUGCGCCGGCCGCAAGACUUCAACAAGGCCUUGUACGUGUGCAUGGCAUUCGUGACCGUAUCCUAUAUCACGUUUGCGUCUGUCAUCUACGCCUGGUGCGGCCACUGGAUCACCGCUCCCGCCUUGGGAUCCGCCGGCCCGACCAUCAAGAAAGUCUGCUACGGCGUCGGCCUCAUUGGCCUCAUCGUCUCCGGCGCCUUCUACAACCACGUCGCAGCCAAAUACCUCUUCGUGCGCCUCCUCCGUAACUCGCGCCACCUGCAAUCCAACUCCUUGGUGCACUGGUCCACCUGGCUAAGCUGCACCUUCGGCCUCGCAGCCAUCGCCUUCGUACUCGCGCAGGCCAUUCCCGUCUUCAACUACCUGGUCGCCAUCACGGGCAGUUUCUGCUUCGCGCCUUUGGCGCUGUGCGUGCCCGCCUGGAUCUGGAUGUACGAUCACCCGCACUACAAGAGGGGGACGGCGGUGCAGAAGAUGUUGUAUGGGCUACAUGCGCUGUUGAUGCUGUUUGGCGCGUUCUUGUGUGUGGGUGGCACGUAUGGGAGUAUUCAAAGCAUUAUCAAUGCGUAUAACAACGGGACUGUUGGUGGUGCGUUCUCGUGUCUGGACAACUCGGGUACUAUUUUGGGGGGUGGUGGGCACUAG